UCUCACAUCACAAAAACUAUCGCUCAUCACUAACAAACAAAACAAACAAAAUGUAAACAACGUAAAUAAUUAUAAUUGACGGGAAAAAUAUGGUGUUUUGGUGGCUUUCGAUGACUUAGCCAAACACUCCCACCCAACCAAGGAUGCCCCGGAGGAUUCUGCGGAGGCAUCACCCAUGAUCUGUUGGUCGGAGUCACUCCUCGCGACUAGGACAGCUCCAUCUCCCCCACAGCGACAACUCACUCGCACAUUUCGGUCUUCAUAUACAUUUUAAUUAUCACCCCUUUAAGACCAAACUUGGCCGCCGUCUUCGAACUUACGCGGUCAAAGCUGAGGAUUAUUUUAGAAAGCCUUGGCGGCGUUAUGCUGGCCCAAAUCGUAUCGCUGGGUCGAAAGAAGUACACUUUACGAAGAGCUCAGAAGCUGGGAGUUCGGGGCUGGUGCAAGAACACCACUGAAAACACAGUAAAGGGCGAAAUUCAAGCACAUCGACAUGCCUUUGAGUCCAUGCGCCUAUGGCUAAAGCACACCGGCAGCCCAACCAGCAGAAUCGACAAGUGCAUCUUCAGUGACACCACUGAAAUCCCAGAGUUCACUUACAGCAACUUCUCAAUUGUGGUGGAUUAGUUUGUUAUAUAUGAAAAUAAAUUAAUUAUUUUUAUCAUGUAUUAUCUACGAUUACUUUUUGUUUGGAUGU